UAACGAUAGUACAAUAUUGUGCAAGGUACGCCUAGUGUGUGGGUCAACAUCAAACACACUUGGUGUACGUACGUACGUACGUAUGUAAAUACAAACUAACAACAAACAAUUGCAUAAUGAUUAAAUAGGAUUUGGCGGCGAUUUACGGCAGUGAGGGGCCAACAUCACAACAUUCUCUAGGCUAGGAUUUUGUUUUCGUCAUUAUUGAAAUGAUUUAACUGAACUAAUGUCGGAAAUCGCUCUACAAUCACUAAUAAAGGAACUUAUACAGUCGAUCGGGACGUUUGGAAUAUCAAAUCCGGCCUUAUGGGGUGCUAAUUACAAUGCACUUUGAACGUAGUCGUACGCGAAUAUUUGGUUGGCUUAAAUCGGAUAUCGAAGAUUGAAACUUCUUCGGGAAUGCGGCAUGUUCACUCACAUAAUUUAAAAUGACGCUUGUGUCUCAGAGAACAUAACAGUCGUUUUUGCCGUUAAACCUGUGCAAGCAUUUGUGAAAAAAUUGAAUGAAUAAUUUAUAGUGACCCAAUAGUUUUAUCAUGUAAUACCAGGUUUUCUGUGAUGUGAAAUUGCUGAUUAUUCUCCCCCAUCAAUUUAUUUAAUUUUUUCCUGAAAUAAGUCGUCAAGCUUAUUUGCCAACAUGAAUUCUGUGGAUCAUAUUUCCAACGACUUUGAACCACGAGCAAUACCUAAGCCAGCUCCUCGCUUUGACAAUCCACCUGUGCCAUCGGUUCCCGAGGUAUCGUUAGUCUUUGACAAACCUCCUGAUACACAAAAUUCUGAUUAUAAUGUCAAGAAAUCGCAAUCAAUUGACAAAUUUGAUUCCUAUGCUACUUGGAAACAAGCCGCACUCUUAUCUCAAGAAACAAAACUUGGUUAUACCAUGGAAAAACCUAGGCAUUUGGUUGGAUCAUCAUUAGAACGAUGCCAUGAUCAAAGCGAGGCAAAUCAAUUACACAAAGGUGUCAUCAUAAACGAGUCUUUAAAGCAUAGUAAGAGUGAUCAAAGCUUAACUAAAAGAACACUUGUCUACAAUGGUCCUUCAAAAAUGGCCCAAAAUGGGUCUACUUUGUCUUCCACUAGAAAUAUCACAAUGAAAGGAAAUUCAGGUGGUCAUGGUCGUUUUGAGAAUAGUUUCGAAAAUGUUCAAGGUGAGAGAUUGUAUCCCAUAUCAGAUAAAAAUAGAGGGUCAUUAGAUGGCAAUUGGGACAAGCAGCGUAGUUUACCCUACAUGCAAUAUGAGAGUGAUAACAGACAGUGUGCUAUGCCUAUGAACACCAGUUUAAAACCACAGCAAGCUGAUACGAAUCUUGAAUAUUUAAAUUGUGAUGCAAGCAUCAGGAAACCAAAUAUACAAAGAAUGAGUAUACACCACUCAGCUAGCUCACCUAACAGAUUCCAGCCAGAUUAUUCAAAUUCUGCUGGGCAGAAUCUAAAUUUUCACCCCAGAAGCCACAGUAAUCAAAAUUUUCAUCCAAACAUGUAUCCCAGAUUUCAUCAAUUUCCACCAUUCUGUGAUUCAGAGUACGGGUAUCCUUACUCUCCUCCCUACCUGCCAAAUGGUCGUGAACAUGAAGACACUGUUAAGAAUUUGUUGCAAUUGAUAAAUAAUCAAAGUGAACAAAUUAAAUCCUUGCAGUCUCAAGUAGAAAGGUUACUAAAAAUUCAAGAAGAUAGUUUGAAAGAUCGGGAGAAGUGCAGUUGCAGGCGUAAUGUGGGCUUGGUGAAUGAAAAUUAUGAACAUAAUACGCAAUUCAGCCUUCAAACUAAAAAUAAGGAUCCUGUUCAUUCUUCUGGUAAUGGUGUGAAAUUAUCAAGAGAUGAUGUGAUGGUUUCACAAAGACAUAGUGGUACUGUUGAAAAAAAUAUGAUAGGAUCGGCAGAUAUCAGAGAAAUGAAUAAAAAUCUAACUUGUGAUUAUAAUAACCAAAGCUAUGAUGGGCGUAUCAACCCAGGUGUGCGUGAUGAUCACUUGAAAAAUAAGAUUUUGGAACAAAAGGUAUCCAUCGGUGUAAUGACUAGCUUCGAAUUCACUGUUCAAAAUAAUCCCUUUGCUCCGGAAAUGGAAGAUCAUGGACCUUAUAAUGAACAAAAUCCAACCGACAUUGAUAACUCAGGUUCUUGCAAUGGUCGUGGAAUAGUAUCUGCGCAUGAAGAUGUUCCGAGAACUUGUCAAAAUGUCUUUUCCAGGGUUUCAAAUUUACCAUUAGAGAAUAUAAUUGAAGAUUCCGAGAGUCAUCUUUCCAUGAGUCAGCAGCCAAGUAGUAAUUUCCAUUCAAGUCCUACGAUAGAUGAGUUCAAGUCAUCGGAACUUGGUAACAGGAAAAUGCUUAGAAAUGCUUCUGUAGAGAAAAGCCCGGAAAGCGAACCGAAAAAUUUUAAUAAUGAAAAAUCCUUUGAUACGGAUUUGGAUGACACAAGUCAUUUCCCAAAUCAAAAACGACAGUUUUUGGAGAUGCAGCAACAUCAUGAAAAAUGCCAGAGAUCCCAGGGCUUUAAUCAUCACGAAAAUAUAUCUACAGUAUUGAACCCUCAAACAGAUGAUGUUCCAAACCACAUGUUUUCGGGAAAAACUCCUGCAUCUGUCAAUCACUAUCGACAACACCUGGAAGACCGCAACUUCAAUAGACUGAUCCAAAACAAGAAUAUCUAUCCUUCAGUUGAGCAAGAUUCGGUGAAUGUAUUGAAGCAGUACAACCUACAGACACCAAAUGUACCCUUCUAUCAAAAGGAAUCAAAUUCCCCAUAUAAUCUUGAAGAUCACCAAAAUUCGAAUAUAGGAACUAUUGUACAGAAUGGUCCAGGUACUCGUUUUAACGCCACAAAUUCUUUAACACGCAUUCAAGAACCAAGAUUCCAGCAAUCUCCGAUGGCUUACCUUGAAGGAAGAAACGGAAGAUUGUCUCAAGUAGGAAGUAAAAGGGAAAAUUAUGUAGAGGACAGUAUACUGUUACAUAGUGGAGAGUUAGAAAUCAAUGAGCAGCCUCCACCUAGUCCAGAACCUAGUAUACAUGUUGAAAUGCAAGAAUAUUCCAGCGACGAAGAUAGUGAUAAACACGGAGGUGAAAUGGAAAAACAAACACCCAAAGUUGGUUGGACAUUUUACAACAAUGUCUUGGGGCAAGUCAAUCAAAUUUUGCAAAACUCACCAAUCACUAGAAAUCAUACGGAAAAUACAGCAGAUAAGGAAAAGGUGGAUGAUUCAAGAAAUAACGCAGCAGCUGAUACAGUCAAAAUUGCAACUAUGGAACAACUAAAGAAACUUGGGAUCAGCUUUGUAGAAAACCAUAAUCCUAGAGAUUCCAACGAUAUUAGUAAUAAAAAAGUGACAUUCGAUUCAUCCUAUUACCCGAGGCUUGAGUAUCGAGGUAACAUCACUCAGGCAACGAGUACACUAUCUGAGACAGAUACAAGCAUGCAUAUGAAUGCAUUGGCAUUGAAAUAUCUGAGUGAUGAACAGCUCGGUGAGCUAGCAAUGCAGAAGCAUAAUGCUGAAACACUCAAACAUCUUAUGGUCAGCAACGUCCAAGGCACCAAUAUGUCAUUUGCUACUAUGCGUUACCUAGAGAGAUAUCAACUUUUACCAACAAAUAAUAACCCUCAAGUCGAUGAUGAUCGUAGAAUUUUAGAAAGACCAAAGCUCGAAGAAUUAAAAAACUCACAUAGAGCUCCAUCCAGCAGCCAAAUGCCUAGAAUGAGCUGUCCUAGUAAAAUUUUGGAUAUUUCCACAUUAAAACAACAACCAAAGUUGUUGUAGCAUCUGAUUGAAGGACUUGAAGAUGCUGACUUUGUUUUAUCACACCGUCUAGUUCUUAUAUGUAAAAAUUCAGAUGCACAAAAUAUUUCCAAUGAAUUUUAUAUAUGACAGGUCGCAUUUGCAGUAGGUUUUAGAAGUUCGGUGAUGUAUAUAGUAAUAUAUUAUUCGACAAUGUUUAAUUAAUGAAUCAACACCAUGCAAAUAACACUUUUCCAAAAGAUUACAGUUUGUAUAAUAUAAUUCAAUAGAUGGGAAAGGAAUGGAAAAAAGAGAAUUAAUCCAAUACAGGUAAAUAUUUGAAAAUUUAUUACAUGACAGAUAAAUUGGUUAGAUCUGUUGGAUUCCUUGAGAGCUCAAUAUUACAUCACCAAAAAUACACGAUUAUAACACAACAGCAUUUUUAGAUAUAUGAUACAAAAGUAUAUCCUAACUAUACAACUUGACAUCAUACUUAAAAUAAAUCAAAACAUAUCUACACGAAGAUUAUAUACAAACAAUAAUUGCGACUAAUUGCUGCACAACUAUUCAAGCCUUAUGCUCAUUGUGCUCAACUAAGCACAAUUUCGAUAAUUGUAUAACAUUCCAAUUUAUUUCAGAGUACACAAGAAGAUGUUCUAGAUGAACGACUACGUUUACAUCUCCCAGAUCUUUUGAAGUUCCGAAUGUUAAACGAAUAAUUUAUUGAUGACCUACAAUAGACUCGCAUACAUAGUUUUAUACUCAUUUAACAU